AUGAAGUCCAAUUAUGUAACUUGGUCUCCCUCUUCUCUCUCCCCCUUUCCAUCCCACAGUGGUCUGUCCCAGCAGCCAGGCAGUGUGGAGCAGAUCUCCCUCCACUGCUCGGAGGGUGCUCUGGACUGGCUCUACCCUAAGGGGGCGCUUCGCCUCACCCUGUCCCCCAGGUUGACCUCUGCGGCGGUGGGGCCGGGGGGCAGCAGCUCAGGCCUGAUCACGGCCUGCGUCAAGCCCUCGGAGCACUUCCACGGGGCCCAGCUCUACCUGGAGAGAGACGGGGUCCUGGAGCUCCUGGUAGGGGACCGUCUGGAGACGUCUCCCCCACCCCGGGUGCGCUGCUUCAGCCGCUUGCCCGGCGAGAAGGUGGCCCUCUUCCUCCAGGCCACGCCCCACCAGGACAUCAGCCGCCGCAUUGCAUCGUUCCGCUAUGAGCUGCGAGGGGAUUGGACGGCACGCCUGUCACUCGAUUCAAACCCCAUCAGCAGUAAUGAAGGUGAGUUGGAAUGAGGAGGGAGGCAGCCAUGCUAGAUCAGUCUAGGUCAUGGAAGGGUCAUUUGGGCUGAAACAGAUACACAUAAAAGAUUUCUCUCAAUACAAAGCAAGGAAAAUACAGUGUUGAAUUUGUUUUGAAUAUGCUCCCUGAGGGUUGAUGGGCCUAACAAACAACUUUUAGAAUUUGUUUUAGCUCAGAUUCGAUAACUCAAUUCUCCUCUCACCUACAUGCUUCCAGUAUUUCUUUUUGCAUGGGUCUCUGAAUCCUAUUAAAUUGCAUUCUGGCAAACCUCCCCUAAAUAUGUUUCCUCACUCUUAAGCACAAACAGACCUUUUUUGGGGGGUUAGUUUUUAGUUUUCUGUGUGUCCAGGCAGAGGAGAGUGGGGGAAGUGUCCUCUAGUUUGCCUGGACACAUAGGCCUACAGACCCUGUCGCCUGGUUUAGAUUUGAAAGGGAGUGGAGAGAGGCAGAGAAAGAAGAGAGGGAGGAGGGUUAGCGGGACAAAAGCCCAGUAUGUGGGGCCUUCUCUCCAGAGCCCGGAGCUCCUUUCAAUGGAGCCUUCGCAUGAGUGUUCUGAGAUUACUGCCGUUGCCUUGGCGACAGGGAGGCCUCUGCCCCAGCUGAGAUGCUCCCCUCAUUUGUUGAGCUGCCCCUCUGUAGGGAGGCUUGUCUCUAAGAAUACACCCCCUCUCCGCUCAAGAGUCUACACACACACACACUGGCUGGGCAUGGGGGAGGUUUGCUCUAUGGGCCAGGGAGGAGGAAGGAAUCUCAUUUAUCAGACUUUUUCACUAAGAAGGGGAAUGUGUGGAGGGGGCAGCUAGGAGGGGUGGUGGUGAACUUCUUGGAACUCACAAGGCCAGAAGAACUUUAAAAAAUGCCAGGGUGUUUUUUUUUGUUGCAGUACAGUCAAUUCAAUGCAGCCACAGUUUGGUGGUUUUGUUUCGCUCUACGUUGUGGAUUGGGUCCUUGUAUGAAACGGAGGAGGAUAUUUUAAUUUCCUCUGUGACGUUUUUAAAGUGAUAAACAGCUGUGAUUGAAGCCGUCAAUCUCCUAGAAAAUAAGUAAGUGCCUUCAGAAAAAGUGUAGAAGUGGAACUUAGCCCAUUGAAAUCUUUUGAAGUUUUCCACCCUCCUCUCUUGCCCUUGUCUGGUUGGCUUUGAUGCGGUGUGGGUGCAAACACCCUAGCAGGGUCUAGGGGGGAAGUGGGGGCGGGAGGUAGGUGGGGUGUUUCAUUUCAUUUGGCUUUAAAAACGUCUGGGGCCAGUGGAGUUUCACUGGCCUUCCUCUCUAAACCGUAAAAGUAGCAACUGUCUGAAAGAACACUGCAGUUGGUCCGUGUGGGUGUAUGUCCUUGCACAGUGUUUUGUUCCAUUUGCAUCACGAUCUUUGUUAUAAGCUCGUCUCCACCCUUUAAGUCUCCUUUAAGUGUGCAACAGGAUAGGUUAGAGCUCAACACGUUUUUAAUUUAAAAAAAAAAGUUUUUAUAUAGGUAUUAUGUGGUUUACAAUAUCACGAGGGAGUAAACCAAUUUGAAAGAGGAUGUACAGUGGCUUGCUAAAGUAUUCAACCCCCUUGGCAUUUUUCCUAUUUUGUUGCCUUACAACCUGGAAUUAAAAUGGAUUUUUGGGGGUUUGUAUCAUUUGAUUUACACAACAUGCCUACCACUUUGAAGAUGCAAAAUAUUUUUGGGGGUGAAACAAAUGAAAAGAAAACUUGAGCAAGCAUAACUAUUCACCCACCCCAAAGUCUAUACUUUGUAGAGCCACCUUUUGCAGCAAUUACAUCUGCAAGUUUCUUGGGGUAUGUCUAUAUAAGCUUGGCAUAUCUAGCCACUGGGAUUUUUUCCCCAUUCUUCAAGGCAAAACUGCUCCAGCUCCUUCAAGUUGGAUGGGUUCCGCUGGUGUACAGCAAUCUUUAAGUCAUACCACAGAUUCUCAAUUGGAUUGAGGUCUGGGCUUUGACUAGGCCAUUCCAAGACAUUUAAAUGUUUCCCCUUAAACCACUCAAUUGUUGCUUUAGCAGUAUGCUUAUGGUCAUUGUUCUGCUGGAAGGUGAAACUCCGUCCCAGUUUCAAAUCUCUGGAAGACUGAAACAGGUUUCCCUCAAGAAUUUAGCGCCAUCCAUCAUUCCUUCAAUUCUGACCAGUUUCCCAGUCCCUGCCGAUGAAAAACAUCCCCGAUGAUGUUCUCGGGGUGAUGAGAGGUGUUGGGUUUGCGCCAGACAUAGUGUUUUCCUUGAUGGCCAAAAAGCUCAAUUUUUGUCUCCUCUGACCAGACUACCUUCUUCCAUGUGUUUGGGGAGUCUCCCACAUGCCUUUUGGUGAACACCAAACGUGUUUGAUUAUUUUUUUCUUUAAGUAAUGGCUUUUUUCUGGCCACUGUUCCGUAAAGCCCAGCUCUGUGGAGUGUACGGCUUAAAGUGGUCCUAUGGACAGAUACGCCAAUCUCCACUGUGAAGCUUUGCAGCUCCUUCAGGGUUAUCUUUGGUCUCUUUGUUGCCUCUCUGAUUAAUGCCCUCCUUGCCUGGUCCGUGAGUGUUGGUGGGCGGCCCUCUCUUGGCAGGUUUGUUGUGGUGCCAUAUUCUUUCCAUUUUUUAAUAAUGGAUUUAAUGGUGCUCCAUGGGAUGUUCAAAGUUUCAGAUAUUUUUUUAGAACCCAACCCUGAUCUGUACUUCUCCACAACUUUGUCCCUGACCUGUUUGGAGAACUCAUUGGCCUUCAUUGCUUGGUGGUGCCCCUUGCUUAGUGGUGUUGCAGACUCUGGGGCCUUUCAGAACAGGUGUACAGUGGGGGGAAAAAGUAUUUAGUCAGCCACCAAUUGUGCAAGUUCUCCCACUUAAAAAGAUGAGAGAGGCCUGUAAUUUUCAUCAUAGGUACACGUCAACUAUGACAGACAAAUUGAGAAAAAGAAAUCCAGAAAAUCACAUUGUAGGAUUUUUAAUGAAUUUGUUUGCAAAUUAUGGUGGAAAAUAAGUAUUUGGUCACCUACAAACAAGCAAGAUUUCUGGCUCUCACAGACCUGUAACUUCUUCUUUAAGAGGCUCCUCUGUCCUCCACUCGUUACCUGUAUUAAUGGCACCUGUUUGAACUUGUUAUCAGUAUAAAAGACACCUGUCCACAACCUCAAACAGUCACACUCCAAACUCCACUAUGGCCAAGACCAAAGAGCUGUCAAAGGACACCAGAAACAAAAUUGUAGACCUGCACCAGGCUGGGAAAACUGAAUCUGCAAUAGGUAAGCAGCUUGGUUUGAAGAAAUCAACUGUGGGAGCAAUUAUUAGGAAAUGGAAGACAUACAAGACCACUGAUAAUCUCCCUCGAUCUGGGGCUCCACGCAAGAUCUCACCCCGUGGGGUCAAAAUGAUCACAAGAACGGUGAGCAAAAAUCCCAGAACCACACAGGGGGGACCUAAUGAAUGACCUGCAGAGAGCUGGGACCAAAAGUAACAAAGCCUACCAUCAGUAACCCACUACGCCGCCAGGGACUCAAAUCCUGCAGUGCCAGAUGUGUCCCCCUGCUUAAGCCAGUACAUGUCCAGGCCCGUCUGAAGUUUGCUAGAGUGCAUUUGGAUGAUCCAGAAGAGGAUUGGGAGAAUGUCAUAUGGUCAGAUGAAACCAAAAUAGAACUUUUUGGUAAAAACUCAACUCGUCGUGUUUGGAGGACAAAGAAUGCUGAGUUGCAUCCAAAGAACACCAUACCUACUGUGAAGCAUGGGGGUGGAAACAUCAUGCUUUGGGGCUGUUUUUCUGCAAAGGGACCAGGACGACUGAUCCGUGUAAAGGAAAGAAUGAAUGGGGCCGUGUAUUGUGAGAUUUUGAGUGAAAACCUCCUUCCAUCAGCAAGGGCAUUGAAGAUGAAACGUGGCUGGGUCUUUCAGCAUGACAAUGAUCCCAAACACACCGCCCGGGCAACGAAGGAGUGGCUUCGUAAGAUGCAUUUCAAGGUCCUGGAGUGGCCUAGCCAGUCUCCAGAUCUCAACCCCAUAGAAAAUCUUUGGAGGGAGUUGAAAGUCCGUGUUGCCCAGCUACAGCCCCAAAACAUCACUGCUCUAGAGGAGAUCUGCAUGGAGGAAUGGGCCAAAAUACCAGCAACAGUGUGUGAAAACCUUGUGAAGACUUACAGAAAACGUUUGACCUGUCAUUGCCAACAAAGGGUAUAUAACAAAGUAUUGAGAAACUUUUGUUAUUGACCAAAUACUUAUUUUCCACCAUAAUUUGCAAUUAAAUUCAUUAAAAAUCCUACAAUGUGAUUUUCUGGAAUUUUUUCUCUCAUUUUGUCUAUCAUAGUUGACGUGUACCUAUGCUGAAAAUUACAGGCCUCUCUCAUCUUUUUAAGUGGGAGAACAUGCACAAUUGACUAAAUACUUUUUUCCCCCACUGUAUAUAUACUGACAUCAUGUGACAGAUCAUGUGACACUUAGAUUGCACACAGGUGGACUUUAUUUAACUAAUUAUGUGACUUCUGAAGGUAAUUUGUUGCACCAGAUCUUAUUUAGGGGCUUCAAAUCAAAGGGGGUGAAUACAUAUGCACGCACUACUUUUCCAUUAUUUAUUCUUUAGAAUUUUUUGAAAUAAGGUAUUUUUUUCAUUUCACUUCACCAAUUUGGACUAUUUUGUGUAUGUCCAUUACAUGAAAUCCAAAUAAAAAUCCAUUUAAAUUACAGGUUGUAAUGCAACAAAAAAUAGGAAAAACGCCAAGGGGGAUGAAUACUUUUGCAAGGCACUGUAAUUAGCGUUUGUUUGAUUAGUGGAGCUCUCCAAUUGACCUUCUCUUUCUUUUUUCCUUCCCCUUCCCCUUCUCCCUCUCCCUCUCUCCCCAGGUGCCUGCAGACCCUGUAACAACACAGAGCUCAUUAUGGCCGUCUGCACCAGUGACUUUGGUGAGUUCUGCUCUUUUACAACCUCCUGUUUUGUUGUCCGGGCUGCCGUAUAACAAUAAAACAACACGCCAGACCAGGAACAGUUUGGUGUCACAUUGAAUUUCGUCCUCCAAUUCAACUGGAUUUGUACAUUAACUUCAAUACAAAAUGGCAAGAAAAGACAUUCAGUUGCAGAGAAAAAAGGUAAUGAUUUUGUGGCAGGAUUGAGGAACUACAAAUCGGUUGUGUUGAAUCAGCUUAAAGUAGGGGUACCCCAGGUCUGAGGUUGGUGUAAAUCCAAAUCCUCCCCCCUCUGAACUACUUAAUUUAUUCAGAGGUCAAAGGUGAAACAGCAUUACUUUAGCCUCUCUAGUUCCCUGAAGUUCCCCUAAACCCCCACUCCUCAAGGCACUGUAGUGGAAUAAUCCCCCCCCCCCCCCCCCCCCCCACCCUAGACAGUGCAGUGGACUAAUCCGCAUGGCUCUAAUUGAGCCGUAAUCAGGCUUAGUGGCAGCCCCUUGGCAACAGAAAGUUAGGGGGAUUACAGAACUGUCCCAGGCAGCUCUCCAUACUCAUUUCACUGACUCUAAUGUUAGCCUCUGGUGGGUUAGGAUCCUAGUUACUUGUUUAUUACUUCAGCUGUUUUUUGGCAGCUAAAGCGUGGCAGAUAUUUUCCAGUGAUUACCAAUAUUAUGUUUUUAGAAUGUGAACAGCAGGUAUUGAAGCAAAUUACAUCCAUUCAAAGAUGUAUCCUCCACCAUCUUAGUCCACAUUUUGUUUAACUAUGAUUUUUGUAUUUGUAACAGCUGCUACAAACAAAUUUGGUCAAUAGAGCUUUUGACUAACCAGUUUGUCUCUUCUCCCCACAGUGGUGCGUGGUAACAUUAAGGCAGUGGACGAGGACAGUGAGCUACGGGCGGCUGUAAUCAAAGUCAGCGCCACCCGAGUAUUCCGCCAGAAAUAUGCCCUGUUUACCAGCACCGGCCGUUUGACCCGCUCGGGCGAGAUCAGGACCCUGCUGCAGUGUGGUGUCCGGCCCGGGGCAGGCAGCUUCCUCUUCACCGGCCGCGUCCACUUCGGUGAGGCAUGGUUGGGCUGCGCCCCCCGCUACAAGGACUUCCUCCAGGCCUACGCUCAGGCCAAGUUGGCCCAGCAGCUACCCUGUGAAAUGGCUGUGGACUGA